UAUCCAAUUACUCGGGCGAAAAAAAAUUCCGAUUGGGCUCUCGUCCUGCUCCCCACGCGACAGAUCCCAGCCCUCGCCGCCGCCGCCGCCGAGUAGGUUGCUGCACGCUGACGGCCACGCGCGGCGGGAGAGGUCGAGGAGAUACGGAGGUCGCCGCGUGUCUCGAAGAGGAGGCCGCGUGUCUCGAAGAGGAGGCCGCCGUCGCAACUCCGGCCGUCUGCAAUUACCCUCGACGGCGGGGAGCCGCCGGCACGGGUUGCGACCAGAACCAUGGCCAUCGUAUUCAUCAUCCUCUCGUGGGAAAAAGAAGCGACCAUGCUCUCCUAAUGACGAUGCCACAAGUUCACAAGGCAGAACCGAGAACAGCACAAGCCUUGGUCGCAGUGAUCCAUGUGGAUCUGAGCGCCUUUCAGAAGGAGCUCCAAGAAGUCAGCCGUACGGUUGAAAUAUGGGUGUCAAGGCUGUCUGAUAUCGAGGACACUCAGGAUCGUACUGAGCGUGCAACAGAAGCCUUGGUUGGGUUCAGCCAACAACUAGAACAUGGUGGCCAGAAUCCCAAUAUUCGCCAGGUCUCAUCAUUCCUUCCAGCUCUAGGAUCCUCUUUAGAGCAAAAGAUUAAAAUGUUGCCCCAGUCUUCUCUUCUAUCUCUUCAAACGGUCGCAUCAGUAGCCGAGCCUAGCGAGGACGAAAGCAAGGAGAAUCACAAGGUGUUGCCCUCGAGCGAAGGAAGCAUGAGGUGGAAGUUGCCUGGACUUGAGCUUAGCUUCAUACGGAGUUCAUCUAAUGUAUAGAUGAUAUAACUGGAAUGAGCUGUAGAACUAUAGGGAUUUUGUUUUGGAAAUGCUCAUCUGUAUAUCCAGCGAGAUAACAUUUGUAGCGACAACUUGGAUUUCACUUGUAGUUAUGUGUAGCCUUGUGUAAAAUAGAUAUACUCGCAAUAGUUGUCUUGAUUAUACAUUUACACCAUGCUAGAAGAUAUAAUCUUUUUUUGACGAGGGAGAAUGAUAAACUCAUGUGGUUCCAAGUA